UGUUUCUGUUGUUACAGCGAAAAUGUUGUCCCUCAUUCUCUAUUUCAACUGCCGUGGGACGUAGUCAGUUAACUACUGGAUGUUAAGCAUCAGCUGCUGGAAGUUCUGUUUUAUGUGAUUCUGUCGGUGGUUGCAUGUCGUCUGUAGUCAUUUUCGCGACAGAAAUCGUUUAAUAGCUGCACAGUACAGAAACACAUCAGUCCGUGAUGGGAAAAGUGAAAGCCAUUUUACUGUGCGUUGCAUAAAGAUGCAUCAGUACGGAGCUUGCUGGAUAGUUCGCUUGCUAUUCUGUAACGUAUUUGACGAGAUAAGAACGUAAUUUUUAUUGAAAGCGGUGGCUGAAGUCGAUCUGUAGGUUCCUGUUGCAAAAGUAGUGCAUUUAACCAUACAGCGUGACAGGUGGAAGACUUCCCUGCUAAUAUUAGUGGGGUUAGUGGAACCCUGUAGCAAAUACAUGUCCAUUUUUCAUUCUCUCUGUGCUUUACUUGUAUAGCCUACUUUUGUUGCUUCUUUGUGGAAGAGUGUAGCUAUUCUUUGACGCUUGUCCAUUUUUCUUUAUGAAGAAUAUUUAAGCAUAGUAUCGAAUACUUAUUUAAUAGUGUGUCAUGUAACUGGCUAGCUACAACACUUUUUUCCCAUUAUUGUAUCUAGCUAUAUUAAUGACGUGCUCAUACCGUAUGCAAUGCAUAUUCUGUGACUAGCUGUCGGCCAAACCUGCAGACAAGCUGUAGAGUUAAUGUAAUCCAUUUAACAGCAGUGGUGAUUAACAUUAAUUUGGUGGAACUUUCGAAGACGACUAUUGAUUUAGUAACUCACCGUCAGUCUUUGAACUCAAAUUUUAUUUUCGUUGUUAUCUUGAAUUGCCAUUACUUUGGGCAGAAUCACCGGCGAGUAAUAACUUCUGGUCCCGAUAGCAUGCACGCUGCCCACAGCCCCGGCGCUGUACCCGUGGGUGUAGCUGGGGAUGGCCCGGAUCUCUGCCUCUCCGGCUCACAGCUGGCCGUAUCGCGCCGGCCCAGCAGCGCAUCGCCGGGGAAACACUUCUCCCGCUCGGUGUCGGUCUCUGUGGCGGGCGACGGCAGGGGAAAGCGGAACACGCUGGCUGAAGUUGGACUGGGAAGUUCCCGCUCUAUCAAGAACCUACGGCGCUCUAACAGUACCACACAGGUCAACCAGCGAGCUGACAACAGUGUGAGGGAGGAGUCGUCGGAGGACUUCCUGUCGUUUUUUGACCGCAGUCUGGAUGGCAGGAGGAAGCUAGCCAGCCUCAGCAAGACCUCUCCGGACCGCACCACCUGGAACAUUCUGGUACCUACCACCUUCCCACAAUCCCCUUACAUCGCACGCACACUCACACACCUGUUUGUCAUGUUCAUGGAUGUGGUCAUAUUCAUGGAUCUAGUCAUGUUCAUGGAUGUGGUCAUGGAUGUGGUCAUGCUCAUGGAUGUGGUCAUGGAUGUGGUCAUGCUCAUGGAUGUGGUUGUGGAUGUGGUCAUGCUCAUGGAUGUGAUUGUGGAUGUGGUCAUGCUCAUGGAUGUGGUUGUGGAUGUGGUCAUGCUCAUGGAUGUGGUUGUGGAUGUGGUCAUGCUCAUGGAUGUGGUUGUGGAUGUGGUCAUGCUCAUGGGUGUGCAAUUCAGAGUGUUUGGCUGUGGCCUGGUCGUCUCCCUGAUCUGUCACAAACCUUUCAGGAGCAACAAAGGAGCUGUGGGCAACGCCGUGACGACCAUCCUGCACAACAACCACUCAGACCAGCCCCUCACUCCCAAGAGCUCCAAUCAGAAGCCUUCCUUCAAUAAUAUUAUGAAAGCUACAGCCCGUGAGGAGAGUCCAGUGGAGGGUGGAUCUUUGACGAAAUCGCAGAAGAACUUCUCGUCCUCCUCCAAUAACAACAAUGCCUCCUGCAGCAGCCCCUCCCAGAUCGGCAGCCCCACCCUGUACAGGAGACGUGAGGUCACAGAGGAGGAGGCCGAAAGGUUUAUCCAGCAGGUGAACCAUGCUGUGGUCACUAUCCAGCGCUGGUACAGGCGCCAUGCUAAGAGGCAGCGCGCAGGCCGGGCUGCACUGGAGCGCCUGCUUAGCACCAGCAAGAAGGAGCAGGAGUCGAGUGGGAAGGAAAUGAUUCUGCAGAAGAAGAAACCAGAGGACAGGAAACGGGUUCGAGAAGAGAAGGCACGGCUCGCUCGUCUGGCAGCCAUCGAGGAGCUGCAGCAGAAGAGGGCCCAGCGGGCGAUAGAGGUGCAGCGGGUGGUGGGGGCGGAGCUUGCUGCGCUGAGACAGACAGGGAAGGUGGGCCGCAGGAAAGCUGCCAGGGCGUUGCAUAGCAACAAGAGCAGCGGCUCGACCAUGGACAUCAAGGCCAAGAACACAGAUUCCAGUGGCAGUGUGGCAGCUGAUCAUGAUGACCCCUCCAGUAUGAGGGCCAGUUCCCCCCCAUGCACAGGUUCCCAGGGGGCGACAGGGCCAGUGAGUGUGGAGGACCACCAGCAGGGGGAGCCAUGCAGCAGACCACAGUCUAAAACCACCUUGACUGAGCUGCUGGACACACUGAAGCUGCUUGAGGAGGAGCCAGAGCCCAAGAGCUUCAGGAAGGAGAAAUAUGCCUGGAUCGACGAGGAUGGGGACUCCAGCUCUCUGACAGCGGAUAACCUGCAGAGGCAUGGUCAGCUGAGUCAGAUUCCUGCUCUACCAGAAGGGGGUGCCCUGCUCUCUCAGGCCAAACUGCACUCCAUCAUGAGCUUCCUGGACGAGAUGGAGCAGUCUGAGCAGGAACCGCCCCGCUCCGUCGCCUCAGGCUCCCACAGAGAGGUGCUGCUGUCGGAGGAAGAGAUGGGUGGGGCUCAGGUGGGCAUCGAGCAGGCAGUCGCCACGGCCGCUGAGGUCACGACCUCCAUGAUGAGUCUGAAGCUGGAGCUGGAGGAGAAGAAGCGCACUGUCAACAUGCUGCAGACUGCCCUGGCUCAGCAGCGGGAGCUGACCAUGCGGCACGUGAGAGAGACGGAGAAGGAGCUGGGCAGGAACCUGCAGCUGCAGAAAGAGCAGUACGAGACCACCAUCCAGCGGCACCUGUCCUUCAUCGACCAGUUGAUAGAUGAUAAGAAGGCCCUGAGUGAGCGCUGUGAGACCAUGGUGACUGAACUCAAGCAGGUUGAUCAGAAAUACACCAAGAAGAUCACCCAGAUGCAGGAGCAACAUGACCUGGUUUGGCACAUUCUGGGUCCCUUGUGUGAGGAGAUUAAGAAGUUGAAGGAGCUGAUGACCGCCAGUGAGAAGAUUCGCCGGGAGAAGUGGAUCGAUGAGAAGACCAAGAAGAUCAAAGAGAUAACGGUGAAAGGCCUGGAGCCCGAGAUUCAGAAGCUGAUCUCCAAGCACAAGGCAGAGCUGAAGAAGCUGCGGGCGCUGCAUGAGGCGGACCUGCAGCAGGCCGACGAGCGCGCCGCCCAGCGCUACAUCCGCCAGACCGAGGAGCUCCGCCUACAACUGGAGAGAGAGAGAGACCAGCACUGCCAGAGGGAGAGAGAGCUGGCCCAGCAGAGGUAUGAACAGCAGCUGCAGGAGGAGGAGAAGGCCUUGCAGCAGCAGAGAAGGAGGUUGUACAAGGAAGUGGCCGAGGAGAAGGAGAGACUGAACCAGCUGGCCACCAGGCAGCGAGUGGAGCUGGAUGAGCUGAGGAGGCAGCUGGAGGAGAACAGCACUGUUGCCAGUCGUGCUCUGCGGGAGGAGCUGGAUAAAACCCGCGAGGAGCAGGAACGUCGGCAUCAGGUAGAGUUGAAGGCCCUAAGAGAACGCCUAGAGAUAGAGAAACAGACCUGGGAGGAGAACUACAUGAAGAAGGAGGAGGCGUGGCUGCUGAGUCGUGAGAGAGAGUUGAAGGAGGAAGUGCGACGGGGGCGGGACAAAGAGAUUGAGCUGGCCAUUCAGAGGCUAGAGGAGGAGACCAGCGGCGCUCGGGAGGAGUGUGAACGUGCCGCUGAGAACCGGGUGAAGCGCGUGCGGGAGCAGUACGAGGUGGAGCUCAGGGAGAUGGAGGUGACGGAGAGAGCUCUGCAGGACAGACACAAGGAGCUGAAACUGCGGCACAGCGAGACUGAGGCUCAGCUGCUCCACCUGCAGGCCGUCCUGCGUCACAAAGAGCAGGAGGUGCAGGACCUCACACAGAUCCGGGACAAGCUGUCGGAGGAGCGGCGCCGCCUGGCAGAGGUGAUCCGGCAGGAGUUCGCCGAGCGCCUGGUGGUGACCGAGGAGGAGAACCGGCGGCUGAAGGUGGAGGGGGCGGAGCUCCGAGCACGCCUCAGGCUCGAGGUGGAGAGGGUGACGCAUGAGAAGGAGGAGGAGCUUGCCGAGGUGCACCAGAGGGUGAAGUCUGCCAUCUUAAAGAAGGAGGAGACGGUCAGCACUCUACGUAAGCAGCACGAGGCAGCACUGAAGAGGGCGGAUCAUUUGGAGGCCCUGCUGGAGCAGCAGAGGAAGCAACUCCUGGGAAAAUGACUGACUUCGCCGCCUGAUUAUGCCCUUGACUCCACCCCCUCCCUUUUUGUCCAGUGGAGUUUUGCUUCAGGUUGAGGCAUGUGGAAGGACAGACACGCUCAGGAGUGUGGCCCGCCCGGGUGUGUGUACUGUACAGGGCAGGAAGUGGAAUGCCUGUGCAGGGAGACCACUAAUAUUGCCAUGGGAACACAGCAGAAGCCACACCUCCAGCCUGACUGUGCUACAGGAGGAACCAGAGACUGCUACUACUUGCAACACUUACAUUUACACACACUUACACAAACAUAUACUUAUUUAUGCACUCACUCUCACACACAUACACUUCCACACACUACACUUACAGAUACAUACACGCAUUCAUACACAAACAUGCAUGCAGACACACACGCAUACACGCACACACACACACACACACACAGGUUUGAGUUGUGCGGAUGCAGACACAGCUCGCAUGCAGGGCAGUUGUUGCUCUGUUCCUGGGGGGUCAGUCAACGGGGGGUAGGGAGUCUCAGUACAGCGGUAUGGCCGUGGCCACAGAGCUGGGGAGGGCAGGACAGGAAGAGGUUGAGAGGGGAGGGGCCAGGAGCAGGAUUUAUGAGCAGUUCUGGGAAUGAUUAUUAUGGGAGGGUCACAGUGUAGGAAAAGAGAGAAAGAGAGGAGGAUGGGGAGGGAGAGAGGAAUGAGAGAGAAAGAGAGGAGGAUGGGGAGGGAGAGAGGAAUGAGAGAGAAAGAGAAGGAUGGGGUAAGGGACUGAGGAAUGAGAGAAAGAGAGGAGUAUUGGGGAGGGAGAGGAAUGAGAGAAAGAGAGGAGGAUGGGGAGGGAUAGAGGAGUGAGAGAAAGAGAGGAGGAUGGGGAGAGAGAGGAAUGAGAGAAAGAGGAGGAUGGGGAGGGAUAGAUGGAUGAGAGAAAGAGAGGGGGAGGAAUAGAGGAAUGAGAGAGAAAGAGAGAAGGAUGGGGGAGGGAUAGAGGAAUGCAACGUGAAGUCAUUAAAGGAAAGUGGAGUUGGGGGAGGGGGGGUCAUGUGACCUCUGCUCAGGGCCUUACAGUCCCCCGCCCCACCAUACACUGUGUGUGUGUGUGGGUGUGUGUGUGUGUGCACACCUUAUUGUAAUGCUCUUACUUUUUUUAUAAUCAGGGAUAACACCUGAAAUCUGUUGUAAUUUUGUUUGGUGUUUGUCUCCAUUUUGUGUCAUUUGAGUGUGAAAAGAAGGGAAACUUUUCUUCUGACACACAGACACACUGACAGCGUUUGGGAACAGACUCUUACUGACAGCUUUUGGGUACAGACACACACUGACAGCGUUUGGGUACAGACACACACAGACAGCGUUAGGGUACAGACACAUACUUACAACAGGGCUUUAGGAGGCUGGCUGACAUUUCUUCUGCGUGCCAGUCCCACACAUGCUGAAGAACCCAGCCUUGCACGCACACACGCACACACGCACACACAAACACACGUUCACACACACAGGCAAACACACGCACGCACACACACACCGCACACGUGCACACACACAUGCCAACCACACACAGACGCGUGCACACUCGCACACACACCACAUGCACACACACAAACACACACAUUGCACACACACACACAUACACACCACACGCGCACACACACACCACACGCGCACAAACACACACACACACUUUAUGACGGCCGCUGUGUUGCUUGACUGGGUCCUCCGCAGAAUCAGUCCUCAGUGUUAGUCAUGCUAGUGAACUGUAUCUGUUUCUGUAGUAAAAAAAAUUUUCUACUUGAGAA